AUGCCGAAGCGGAAAGCGCCCUCCAAGAUCUCGGGACUCGUUGACUCGGACGACGAGGACAUCAUCCAAUUGACCGAAAAUGAGAACCUUCCUGCCAACCCCGAAGCCCCCGCCAAGAAGCGACGCGGUCGACCACGCAUCUCGCAUGAGGAUGCGCCGGAGCCCAAAACCAAGGCCGCGACAGCUGCAACCAAACAACCCGCUAAGCGAGGAAGGCCAAGAGGCAGUAGUCGCGCAGCGUCGGUGGGAACCGACGGCGCCGACGACUAUGAGCAAGAAAAUGAGGAUCCUGCUGCCCGGACGGAGAAAAAGACUGCAAACGCAGGAAAACCUGCGGCGACGCGUGGCAGAGGACGCCCUCGCAUGACCAGCGCGACAACGGCAACUAGUACGACAAAGCAAAUGCAGACCGAUGGUGAAUUCGAAUUCACACCCACCGGUACGCGGAAAAUCGCUUCCAGUGGAACCUCGCAGGCACUGGCCGAACCCCGUGGAUCACGGCGGCAGAUCGCCAAGCCUGAAGUGCCCGAGUCACAGCGGGAAGACGAGGAGUAUGAUGCAGAAGAUGGGGUGGACGAGACCGUUUUCCCAGAUCCGCCCAGUGCCAGUCGCUAUGUGACCAAGAACGCUCGUGCUCGAAUUACCGCUUUGCGAAACUCUCAAGAUUCCUCUCCUCGUAAGCGCAGACUGGGCAUGGAGUCCGAGCCCAACGGCGGGGAUCCCGACUUGCGACGGAGGUUGGGUGAACUCACCAAAAAACAUGAUGCUUUGGAGAUCAAAUACCGUAAUCUUCGCGAAAUUGGCAUUGUCGAAGCAAAUUCCAAUAUGGAGAAGCUGCGGAAGCAAUGUGAAAAUGUCACUACGGCAUCGAAUGAGUUGAUUGCUUCCCUGAAAUCGGAGUUGGAGGCGCAGCGAGCUCUAGGACAGCAGAGUCGCGGCUUCCAAAAGCAAUUAAAAGACCGCGACACUGAGAUGGCACGGCUCCAGGCACAGGCCGACGAGGCGCGCAAUCAGCUUGCUUCCGCACAAUCUGAGAUCAAGACGCUCGGAACGAAGCUCGCAGCUGCGCGAAACACAGCUGCGAGUCUCGAGAGCGCUGCAAAGGCUCCCGGCAGUGCUAUCAAGGGUGGAGGAGCCAGUCGCGCAACAUUGGCCGCUAGUGCCGAAGCUGCACAGGUCGCGCAGCUCAAGGAAGAUUUGUACAGUGAUCUCACGGGUUUGAUCGUCCGCGAUGUUAAAACCCGCGAAUCGGAUCACCUGUAUGAUUGUAUUCAGACCGGCGUCAACGGAUCUCUGCAUUUCAAACUAGCCAUUCCAAUGGCCUCCGCGGCUGACUACGAGACUGCGGAAUUCCAGUAUCUCCCUCUCUUGGAUGCUAACCGUGACCGUGAAUUGGUGGAUAUCCUGCCGGAUUUCUUGACGGUAGACAUUACUUUCAAUCGGCAGCAAGCGUCCAAGUUUUACACGAGAGUGAUGGAUGCAUUGACCAAGCGACGAUCGAGUUCGGCGCAUCCCCCCAAGUUCCCCAAACGAGUGUCCGCAACUUCUUGUUUUUGUUCCAUCCAGGGGAUUCUGUCCACUCUUUUCUUUCUCCAACCCCGGCAUUCCUUUGGAACCCCCUGUGAGCGGAGCGAAAUCAUGGCGCGUCUCGGUCGCCUUGGGUUCCUUACCCUCGCCGUGGUCUUCCACUUGAUCUAUACCUACUCCAUCUUCGACAUCUACUUCGUGAGCCCCAUUGUUCGGGGCAUGCGAUCCUACGGUGUCGAAAGACCCGCUGGCACCGAUGCCCCCGCAAAACGUCUUGUCCUGUUCGUCGCCGACGGUCUACGCGCCGACAAGGCUUUCCAGGCCUUCCCAGACCCAUCCCCCGAAUCCCCCGAUCGCGACAGCAACCAAUUGAUCCGCCUGGCACCUUUUAUUCGCUCGCAGGUGCUCUCACAUGGCACGUUUGGCGUCUCCCAUACUCGCGUCCCCACCGAAUCUCGCCCCGGCCAUGUUGCACUCAUCGCGGGCCUGUACGAGGAUGUUUCGGCUGUGACAACGGGUUGGAAGAUGAACCCUGUCAACUUUGAUAGCGUAUUUAACCAGAGUCGGCACACGUGGAGCUGGGGUAGUCCGGAUAUCCUUCCCAUGUUUAAGGAAGGCGCGGUACCCGGCAGGGUGGACGCGGAGACGUACAGCGAGGAAGCGGAGGAUUUCACCGUGGACGCGACACACCUGGAUACCUGGCUGCGCGACGACAAAUUAGUAUUUUUCCUGCAUUUGCUGGGAUUGGACACCACCGGCCAUGCCUUUCGCCCUUACUCCAAGGAAUACCUGCACAACAUCAAGAUCGUCGACAAGGGAGUGCAAUCGGUUACAAAAUUGGUGCAGGAUUUCUACGGAGAUGGCAAAACAGCAUUCGUCUUCACCGCGGACCACGGGAUGAGCGACAAGGGUAGCCAUGGAGACGGGCAUCCGGACAACACCCGCACGCCGUUGGUUGCCUGGGGAUCCGGGGUUGCGAGCCCCAAAACUACCAAUGGCGCGGAUGUGACUGGCCACGAAGACGGGUUUUCGUCGGAUUGGGGAUUUGACCAGGUCCUCCGCCAUGACGUGGCACAGGCCGAUGUGGCUGCUCUCAUGGCAUAUCUGGUUGGCCUGGACUACCCUGUGAAUUCUGUGGGCCAACUGCCGCUGGCAUAUCUCGAUGCCAGCCCACAGGAGAAAGCAAUGGCCGCUCUUGCAAAUACGCGGGGUGUGCUAGAGAUGUACCGGGUCAAGGAAGAGCAGAAAAGGGAGGCCGUGCUUCGGUACGUGCCCUUCGAGCCUCUUUCUGGCCAUGAAGAAACCUCUGUCGAAGGAAGACUCUCCAAAGUUGAAGCACUUAUCACCAAUGGCGCUUAUGAGGAGUCCAUUGCUUUAUCAUCGGAACUGUUGUCCACCGCGCUUGAGGGUCUGCGUUACCUGCAAACGUACGAUUGGCUCUUCCUGCGCACCGUCGUUUCUCUGGGCUACUUGGGCUGGAUCGCGUACGCUCUCACUUCGGUGAUUGACCUGCACGUCCUGCAUGGCGCCACGGACUCAAAUCGGACGAUGGCCAGCACCAUGUUCUUCUCAUCCAUUCUAGUGGUUUUGUUUUCUGUUUUCCUCUACCAAGGGUCCUCAUGGCGGUACUACUUCUACGGCGUGUUCCCCGUCUACUUCUGGGAAGAAGUUUUCGCUCGCCGCAAGGCUUUGACUGCCGGCCGGGAGAUUGUUCUCGGUCAUGUCCGUUCGUUCAAGGGCUACCUGACUUUUGGACUCCAGUUGCUAGCAUUCCUUGCUGUCCUUGAGGCUCUCGUCCAAUCCUAUUUCCAUCGGGAAAUAUUCACUGUCUGCUUUGCCUUGGCCGUUUUCUGGCCUACUUUCUACGGCAUGGACUUCAUUCGCAACCAUGUGCUUCUAUCGACAACAUGGGCAGUUGCCAGUGGAUUGAUGGCCACGUUUACUCUUCUCCCGGUGACCAAAAUGGAGAACAUUGAUACCAUUACCUAUGGCGCGUUUCUGAUGUUCUUCACCGGCGUUUUGUAUUUGCUUUUCGAGGAUGCCAUCAUUGGCCACCGCGGUUCUUCAUCGCAAGCCUCCCUCAGCAGUCUAGGCGCGCGGAUUAUCAUGGGCUCACAGAUCGGCAUGAUUCUGCUCGCCUUGGUUGUCACCCGGUCUAGUGUCUUCUCUCUUCAGGCUCGCCAGGGGUUGCCUUUUGGAAACUUGGUGGUGGGGUGGUUCGUCCUAGUGGCCUCCCUCGCAUCGCCCUUCCUGCAUCGCCUUUACCCUAACAGCCACUACCUGCACCGUCUCAUGGUCCUCUUCCUGACCUUCUCACCAACCUUCAUCAUCCUCGCCAUCUCCUACGAGGGCCUGUUCUACUUUGUGUUCUGCAUGACCCUCGUAACAUGGGUGCGCCUCGAACACGCCAUCUACGUUCACACGGCUGGAUCGAGGCCUGUCCUGGACAACAGGAAAUCCGACACGGCGACGGCCACUUCCGCCUUCUUCAGCACCGGCAACGUCGCCUCCGUCUCGACCUUUUCCCUCGACAGCGUCGUCCGCCUAGUUCCCGUGUUCAACCCCUUCAGCCAAGCCGCGCUCCUCAUCUUUCAAAUCCUAAUUCCCUUCGCCAUCAUCAGCGCCAAUCUGGGGAUCCUCAACCGCCGUCUAGAAGUCGCGCCCAGCGCCUUGUUCAUGGUGGUGAUGGCGCUCUCGGACGUGAUGACCCUCAACUUCUUCUACAUGGUGCGCGAUGAGGGCUCGUGGCUGGAUAUCGGCAUGACGAUCAGCCACUUCUGCAUCGCUAGCUUCCUGUGCACUUUCGUCGCGGGCCUGGAGUUCCUCAGCGAGCUGGGGGAGGUGGCGAGUGCUGUGGAGGUUCCGUGGAAUGCGGGCAUGAGGGUGGAGGCGGGAGGUCCGCCGACGAACGGGAACGGAAACGGGGAACUACGGUCGUUGAUGUUGAAUACAUGGACCGCCUCCUCUGAACUGGCCUCAUUCGUUGACUUCCAUGGUCCCCGCGAGUAUCCACUGCAGUCCAUGGUGCCCGACAUGGAUGGCGGGCUUAGCCCAUUCAGAGACCACCUGAUUGGCCCAAGCUGGGCGGAACAGUUUGAACCUCGGCAUCACAAGAUCCUGACCGUCUCUCUGUUCCUCCUCUAUCUAGCAACAACCUAUACGCCUUCUUUACGGGCUGCAGUCCAUUCAGCUCUACCCUCCCUCCCCUCCAUCCAAUUCCCUGACCCAGCCUAUCCUCAUCCUCCCACACCAAAUCCCCUUUCUCUCCCCCAGUCCCAGUCCCUCCUUCAUCUCCUUCCUCCUCCCUCUCCGCCCCCUCCUCUUCCGACUCUCACCUACCUUCUCUCCCUACUCCCUACCCUCCGCCCCUCCCUACAGACUCGAGUGGAAGUCGAUCCAGUGCCUGGGCAGUCGGCCAUGAGCACUACGACGGAGUCGUACGCCGAAUCAUACCCGGCCAACCACGGCAGCCCUGCUCCCAGCGCCGCGGGCUCGACAGGAACAUCCGGGAUCACCGUGCGCGGUGGUCCGAACAAUUCACAGAUGAGUUUCAGAAGGUUCGUUGUGACGCCGCCAGCCUGGGCGUCCCUGCCAACUGUGUCGCCUUCUCCAUCGAGUGCAAGAUCCCUACCCCGAAACGCAAAGAAGAACACAGGCCAAUCUACUAAGGGCAAGGAGGGCGGUGAGUACGGUGACAGUCCGCCUCCGGUGCCUCGUCCGUGGUCGACGCGGCGGUUGCUCACUUCCGACCCUCGGCCGGCUCCGACUUGCCUGCCGUAUUCAACGACCAACAGGGGCAUUCGACCGACUCAGACGAGAAGGAUGAGGUGCUUGGAUACCGAAGCAACCGGAUGGCCGUCGACGGCAUGCCGGUCACCUCUCUCACCGAGUCGGAGGCCGCCAUGCGGGCCUCGGCGGACAAUGCCUAUCCGCGGACUCAUGAAGCCCAGGAUUUGCGCGCCCGAUUAA